CUUUUACAUCCGAGGCGGCCCGGCCAGGACUCUCAGGUGCACGGGCUUUAUGCGGUAAAACUUUCCGCUGAAAGAGGUCCGAGCUGCUGGAAGAUUUAUCUAGCAGAACGUCCCGGCACAAAAGCCAGUGAACGCAGGGCAGUGACGAGGACGCAGGAGACGAUGAAAUGCGAAUUUACAAUGGAGACGAGGAAUACAAAAGGAAACCGGCCUAUCGCAGCCGGGUGUCAGUCGAGCCGCGGAAAAGAGAGAAGAGGUCGCAUUUAUGCAACAUGCUGGUAAAAUACAUGAAACUGUACUGCAGGUACACGAAACUGGCCGGAUUCAGGUACUUCGUCGAGGAGGACUCGUCGUGGUUCGACAGAUUAUUAUGGACCCUGGUGUACGCGAUGACCGUGCCAGCGUUGAUCUACACGAUCAUCGAAGGCUACCAGGACAUCAUGGAGAAUCCUUGCUUCAGCAGCAUCGACGCGGAGUUAAUUUCUGUCCAGAGUUUGGAUUUCCCAGGGGUGUCCAUCUGCAGCAUAAAUCGAAUCAACCGGAGUGCGGCGAUGGAAAUGGCGAACGAACUCUUUCAGGCGAACGUCUCGCGCUUCUCGGUCGGGGAAAUCUUUGACAUGAUCAUGCAGCUCGGCGAUCUAUACGACUCCCACUUCAUCAAACAGAAUCGCUCCUACCGGAUCGAUCAUUUCUUCGAUCACCUGUACGGCAGCUACGAUCUCGCCCAGAUAAUGAAACGUUUGACACCGCAGUGCUCGAAGCUGCUCGCGAAGUGCAGGUUCCACGACGAGGAGAAGAAUUGCUCGGAAAUGUUCCAAUUCCGAAAAACGCAAGACGGGUUUUGUUGCACUUUCAAUUACGCGACCAAAGCAGACGACAUAGAUUUGCAAAAUGGUGUGGAUCACAGACUGGCCCCGUUGAAAGUUGAAAAUCUGGGCGAAGAUGGAGGAAUGUCUGUUGUACUGAACACAUUCUUGGAUGAAUACGCGUAUCCUAUUUUCCCUAUUUCUGGUUUCAAGGUGACGAUAUUCAACCCGCACGACUAUCCGGACAUGACCAGCGGCGGCGUGAUCGAGAUGUUCGUGUCCCCGCAGAUGCAGAAGAACGUGGACAUGGUAGCGAUCGUUUCUUACAGCACGACCAACGUCAUACCGUACGCGCUGCAGCACCGGCACUGCGUGUUCGCCGAAGAAAUGGCGUCCGUGCGCGCCUCGUACACGUACAGCGAUUGCAUUGUGGACUGCAAGAUCGCUGAUAUACUGCACCAUUGCAGCUGUGUGCCAUUCUAUCUGCCUAACCGAGAGUCCAAGAGGGUCUGCAACUUGGAAGACAUACCGUGCCUGUUGCAGCACAAACAUAGAUGGUCCUCGGUGAUACCGAACUCGGACCUGUACAACGACGGGAUCGAAGAGUCAAGCAAGGUUCUGCACUGUCAGAAUUGUUAUCCGCUGUGCAACGAUAUGACCUACAACGCGAAGAUGACGAACACUAUCCUGUCGCCUGGCAGGCAUCAAACGAAAUUACUGAACGACGUCCACAUCGAGAAUCAGAGCGCUCUGAACGUGUUCUUCAGCAAUUUUGGUACUAUCAAGUUGAAGCAAGAUGUGGUUUAUCGAUGGUACGAACUCCUCGGUGACGCCAGUGGCAUCGGCGGCAUCUUCGUCGGGUUUAGCCUCAUCGCCGUCGUGGAGUUCGUUUACUUCGUCGGGCUUUUCGUGUUCGAGCUUUUAAAGGGGCCGGAUUCGUCUGACGCCGCCGAGGACGAAAGUGGGCGUAAACGAGCGCCGAUACAGGUGAUUUAUUGGGGCGAGCUGUACCCGAGAACGAGGCCGGCUCUGAUGCCGAAGCGACGCGAUAACUAUUAG